AUGUCAGGACCAUUAGGUAGUCUACCAGGUAUGACCUAUGACCCAAUCAGAAAUCGAUAUUUUCCUACUCCCAAGGGACCUAUACCGACCCCUACUGAGCAAGAUACCAGGCCAUUACCUCCUCCUAGAUCACAAGCAGGUCCAUCAAGUAGACAUCAACCACAGUGGAGAAAUCCUUCUCCAAAUUCGAUCUCACAGAGGAACGAAUCGAUCGAUCCGAGGAGCAAUGCCAGAUCAAGGUCGCAAGAUACCAGACGGUCUGCUCAACCUGAAUAUCAACCUCAAGCUCAACGCUCACAGCUAAGGAGGGAUGAACAAAUGCGAAAUAUUGAAUCCCUUACUCUACCCCAGCCGGACUGUUUCACCCAUGCUUCGAAACGAGCUAGAAGCGUGUCUGUAUCGCAUGAUCUGAUGGAUAAGAGUAAAUUGAAUAGAAUGGGGAAGUUGAGGAAAAAUAGAUUUGGAGUUAGGUAUGGAGGAAGUGGAGAGAAGACCGAUAGGAAUUUGAGCUUACAAAAUCAAAUACUUAGUAAUCUGGAAUUGGACGUCGAACAUCAUGCUUGUGGAUGUCAUGGGGAGAUCAUAACGUCUUAUAAGACAUUUGGCGAUGAGGCUUAA